AUGGCCAGAUCCGGGCCCACACUAAAUCAGAUGAAGGCGUGGCUCGGCCAAAAAGGGGUUCGGCAAUUCAAUACUGGGAAUUGGCGGCGCGCCCGCGAGAGGGCCAGGCACGGCUGGAAACACUUGGGUUGGAAAGCCGCCCUUCCACACGGCGCCCGGAAACGACGAGGCGCCCACACGAGCCCCGGGCAAAAUGCCGUAUGGCGCAUUUUGACGGUGGGGCUAAAAGUGGGAAGCGCGGACGGCCCAACCCCAGGUGGGGGCGGGGGGCGGUCCGAGAACUGCGGAACACGUGCGUUGGGAGCGGACAUUGGCCAAUGGCUCCGCCAGGGGGGCCGCUGGUAG